UAUAUCCUUAAUUUUGGUGGCAGCUUCAAUACAUUUCCGGCUGAAAACACGUUCUAUUCUGCUUUGCAAAAUAUCUUUUGUGUCGGUUGUGCUAAUAUCAUUGGCAUACAUAACGUAAGAAAAGACCUGCAAGACUCGAUUCCACCAAAACAACGUAAGAAGACGUGUGUGUGUUCAUGUUUUUGUGGUUUUUUUCUCACAGAUAAGCCAAGUUGAUGAGGGUGGUCCAACUACUUACUGGGCUAUGAGGUAAUGUGAUAUUUUUCUUUGUUAAAUCAUGGUUUCAUUGAUAUAUACAAACAACAAACAAGCAAACAAAAUGUAGGAAGAUACUCCAUGGACCGGAAGGAAGUGAUGAUGAGGUUUAGGAGUUGGUAUGUGCUAAGAAAAAAAAGACUAUUUGAUGUAGAAGUAUAUAUGCUUUUGAAUUUCAUAUUACUUUGUAUAGUGUGUGAAUAGUAUGAAGAACAAAUCACAUAUUCCUUUUGGGGUUUUGAUGACAUUUGGAAUUAAUGAGUCCAUCUGCAUAGUUUACAUGUUUAUUAUGUUUUCUUAUAAUUGAAUAAUUUGAUAACUUUUUUUGCUGGUUCUAGCUACUAGUAAUAAGUUUUAUACUUCCUCCCGUUUCUAAAAACUCCAUAUUUUAGAAUUUUUACACUUAUUAAAAAAAAUAUCAAAUUUUAGUUACUAAUACAUUAUUUUCCGUAUCAACUAUUUUCUACAAGUUUUCACUAAUAGAAAUUUAAUAAAUAAAAUUAUGUUUUUUGAAGUUUACAAUUUACAUUUAAUUCAUGAAAAUAUGAAAAAUGUAUUUUUUUUUAAACAAAUUUUUUUUUCUAAAACAUGGAUAUUUUAGGAACGGAGAGAGUAUUUGUCACUAUAGAUUACACAUCAAUGGCGGUUUUGUGCUACUUAAUGCAUGUGUCAUAUAUAUUAUAUCGCAAAUAACAUUGAAUCUUCAAAUUCAUUAAGACGAGCUCAAAGACGACAAAGAGGCAUUGAUAAACACCAUAAAAGAUUAGUUCCUUCACGGUACCCAUAACAAUCAUAUUUACAUCUCUUGAAAAGUACAUUAUUCAUUAAAAAACACCAAAAAAAAAAAAAUCGGAACCUCUGAAUACUCAUCUUUUACUGAAAAGUGGUAAUUUACCACAAAAAAAGUCGCUAUUAGUAUCUUUGUCUUAUCUCGAAAUGGUUGAAUUUUUCUACCAAAAUACAAGUUGAUAAUAACAGAAAAAUUUAGCUAUGUCUAUUUUCCCUCUUAUGGUGAAUUUAUAUCCUUCAUCUAUAAUUAAAAAUUUAAAAUCCCAAGAAUAAGAUUUCAAACUUCAAAGUAAAAUGAAAUAAUUUUAUAAAUAAAUCGGCUUUUGCAUUUGAUUUCACUUUGAAAAAUAAUUGAUGAAGAAGUAAGUAAAUUGUACAGCCCAAAGCCCACCCAAAGGCCGAAACGUUGACUUAGUCUUAACUACUUUUUAUCUCUCUCGAAAAUGGCUUAAUACUUUAUGAAAUUCAUGUAACACCCCCUCAAUGUGGAUUCAAUUGAUCUCAAACAAACUAUUUCCGUCAAAAACCAAAUUAUUGCUCUCCUUUUUCUUCUUCUUGAUAUUUGGUUAAAGCGUAAUAUAAAACCCUCUCCCUCCCGCUCUCCUCCCGUCUCCAAAACAAGAUCAUCUUUUGGUUCCAAGACUCUCUCUCUCUGACUUCUCAUCUCCCGCCGUGUCACCGCCUCUGAGUCACCAUCUCCGGCCACUUCUUCUCUAGACUCAAUCAUGACCUUGUGAGAGUAGUCUCCAGAUUGGUGGAAGAUGGGAAGAGUGUUCGUGAUAGAACUCGAGGGAGCAGUGUAUACAUGCAAAAAGUGCCACACACAUCUCGCACUCCCCAGUGAUAUCAUCUCUAAGAAUGGUCGUCACGAAUAUGAGUUCUCUAAACUCUUCAAUACAUUUCUGGCUGAAAGAACGGUGAAAGAGAUCUUUUGUGUCGUUUGUUCCAAUGAGAUCGGCAUUUAUGGCGUAACUGAUCCAAAUACUUACUGGGUUAUGAGGGCCGAACUCCAUGGACCGGAAGGAAGCGAUGAUGAGGUUUAGGAGUUGGUAUGUGUCAA